CCUGAGGUUUCUUCAUUCACACUUUCAAUAGCUUCUCUAUUGAACUUUCUGAAUCCAAAUUCGAAACCCUAAUCCUCUUCAGAGCAACAAAUCCUGUUUCAGAUAUGGCACCAAAGGCAGAGAAGAAGCCAGCGGAGAAGAAGCCUGCAGAAGAGAAGAAGUCCACCGUAGGAGACAAGGCUCCGGCAGAGAAGAAGCCAAAGGCAGGAAAGAAGCUUCCUAAGGAGGGAGGAGCUGGUGGUGAUAAGAAAAAGAAGAGAAACAAGAAGAGUGUGGAGACAUACAAGAUCUACAUCUUCAAGGUUCUGAAGCAGGUUCACCCGGACAUUGGUAUCUCCAGCAAGGCCAUGGGCAUCAUGAACAGUUUCAUCAACGACAUCUUCGAGAAGCUUGCCCAGGAAUCUUCUAGACUUGCCCGCUACAACAAGAAACCCACCAUCACUUCAAGGGAAAUCCAGACUGCGGUCAGACUUGUGUUGCCUGGAGAAUUAGCCAAACAUGCUGUCUCUGAGGGUACCAAGGCUGUUACCAAGUUCACUAGAGAGAAGAAGCCAGCGGAGAAGAAGCCUGCAGAGGAGAAGAAGUCCACUGUAGGAGACAAGGCUCUGGCGGAGAAGAAGCCGAAGGCAGGAAAGAAGCUUCCGAAGGAAGGAGGCGCUGGUGGCGAUAAGAAGAAGAAGAGAAACAAGAAGAGUGUGGAGACGUACAAGAUCUACAUCUUCAAGGUUCUGAAGCAGGUUCACCCCGACAUUGGUAUCUCCAGCAAGGCCAUGGGCAUCAUGAACAGUUUCAUCAACGACAUCUUUGAGAAGCUUGCCCAGGAAUCUUCUAGACUUGCCCGUUACAACAAGAAACCCACCAUCACUUCAAGGGAAAUCCAGACUGCUGUCAGACUUGUGUUGCCUGGAGAAUUGGCCAAACAUGCUGUCUCUGAGGGUACCAAGGCUGUUACCAAGUUCACUAGUUCUUGAACAAAUUAUCUUAUAUCUGACCUGUGUUCUUGGUUGUUAUGCUUGUUAGUUGUAUCUAAUGUUCUAAUCUUAGAUUUGAAUCAGUAGGGUUUUAGUUUUAGUCUAAAUUGAAAAAAAAGGAUUGUGGACAGCCUCUAUGUAUUGAAAUAUUUAAUUGAUGCAAAAGAAGUGUUUGAUGUUUGAUAUCAAA